AGCACCUCAAGCUCAAAUCCCUUCCCCUGCUCGCCUGCCCCCCCUUAUCCCCUUCAGUCACCAUGGCCACCUCCGCCAUGACACUCGCCAUGUCUGCGGCAACGGAGGCCUCGCUCUUCCACCCCGCGUUCGCCGCCCAACACAAGCUCGCCCCGGCGUCCGCCUCCCUCCCACUCAUUUUCUCUCGCGCGCCGCUCCUCCGCUCCACCCGCCCCCGCGUCCCCCUUACGCCCCUCGUCACCUCCUCCGACGCCGCUGAGGCGGGCCUCGACUGGGCCGACGCGGAGGAAGCUGAAGAGACGGUGACGGAGGAGGAGCCCGUGGUGGCGGCCUCCGGUGGGGACGCGGGGUACACAGCGGAGCCGCCCGAGGAGGCCAAGGUGUACGUCGGGAACCUGCCGUAUGAUGUCGACAGCGAGCGGCUCGCCCAGCUCUUCGACCAGGCCGGUGUCGUCGAGGUCGCCGAGGUCAUUUACAACAGAGAGUCAGGCCAGAGCCGUGGAUUUGGAUUUGUUACCAUGAGUACUAUUGAGGAAGCUGACAAAGCCAUCGAGGCGUUUAACCGCUACGACAUCAGCGGAAGGCUUCUGAACGUAAACAGGGCAGCUCAAAGGGGCUCCCGUGUUGAGAGACCUCCUCGACAGUUUGCAUCUUCUUUCAGGGCUUAUGUUGGUAACCUGCCAUGGCAAGCGGAAGACUCUAGGUUGGUGCAAAUGUUCAGCGAGCAUGGGGAAGUAGUUAAUGCUACGAUCGUGUAUGACAGAGAAACUGGGCGUUCGCGAGGAUUUGGUUUUGUAACUAUGGCUUCAAAGGAGGAUCUUGACAGUGCUAUUUCAGCGCUUGAUGGACAGGAGAUGGAUGGCCGCCCACUCCGAGUGAACGUUGCAGCAGAGAGACCACAGCGAGGGUUCUGAUGCGGCGCAGCGGCGGAGAGCAUGGCUUGGCGUUUCUCGUGGACACAUGGGAACACUGCUGAAAUGUUACUGCAGAAGACUGAAGCAUGUCACCACUUGAAACUCCCGCAUUAGCCUCCUGAUGCUGGCUCUCCUCCCAUCCCAUAUUUUUUUCAUGCUUUCGUUCGCUGCUGAUGUAAUCAUGUUAAUUUCUUGUCAAUACCAUGAGUUCAACUUUUCAAGUAGGCUACUGUAAUGAUGCCCUAGUGUUCUCAUGAUAAUCGAAGAAGCUUUUGUUGGUAAUGCUAA